GCAGAGACGUCGGUUGCUGUGGCUGGCGAUGCCGGGGCCUGAGGAGGGGUCGUUACCCGGCCUUCGCCGGUGGAGCCGCGCCAGGCCCUUGCGUCUCCGGCAGCACCGGGGACGCCACUAACCGUGGGAAACACUGGAAUUUGUAGCCAUAUCCUUCAAGAAUUUAAAAACUGAAAAUGGAUCAGCCAUGUUUAGUAUGUGAAGAAGAAGAAGAAGAUCCCAAACCACAGAAGAACUUAGAAGAAACCAAACAAAUAGAUGGUGAAGAUGCUGAGCUCAUCUUUGUUGGAGUGGAACAUGUAAAUGAAGAUGCUGAAAUAAUCUUUGUUGGGGUAACUUCACAUUCAAAGCCAGUCAUUUCAAACAUUUUGAACAGAGUCACCCCAGGUUCAUGUUCAAGGAGAAAAAAGCAUAGUCGCCUAAGAAAUGGUAAUGCUCACAGAGUACAGCCUACAAGUCCUAUGGCCUCUACAUCAGAAACAGUGACUAUCUUGCCAGCAUCUCCAUCUGAAUCAAGAUCAACAGAUAGUCCUAUUAUUAUUGAGCCAUUAUCUAUACCAGAUUAUAAAAAUAAUCCAUCACAAGUUGUGCCUAGUAGCUCUUCCGAGUUGUGUUCUCCUGUGUUUACCAUCACAAGUUCAUUGCAUCGUCCAGUAGAAGCAGCACUUUCAGUAGGAGGUGUGAAUGAAAGUCCUUGUACAGGAAAGCGACAUUCUACUUCUGAAGUAAAUAGCAUAAAUCCCCAGAGGCCUAAACUCAGUGAUGGAAUCAUCGGGGAAUGUUCUUCAGUUGUCCCUUCAAGCAUUUUCCAUACAGUGAAUCCUCAACAAAAUAUACCCUCAAAUGAUGUUCCUGCCUCAGUAAGCCUUGUUAAGAAUGGAGUACCUUUCCUAAAUGACAGUGCCCAUUUUGAGCCUAUGAAUUUAAAUCCUGAUAGGGAAAAUGAAUUGGCAAAAACAGAUGUUUCAAGUGUUACAAGUCAAAACAAGACCUCUGAUCCUAAGGAAGGAAAUCUAAUUAUGUUACUUAGUGACUUCUACUAUGGACAAUAUAAAGGAGAUGGGCAGCCAGAACAGAAAACUUACACAACCUUUAAAUGCCUCAGUUGCUUGAAAGUUCUGAAAAAUGUGAAGUUUAUGAAUCACGUAAAGCACCAUUUGGAACUUGAGAAACAGAAAAGUGACAGCUGGGAAAACCACACCACCUGCCAGCACUGCCACCGGCAGUUUCCCACUCCCUUCCAGCUGCAGUGUCACAUUGACAGUGUGCACACUACCCAGGAGCCCUCUGCUGUCUGUAAAAUCUGUGAGCUGUCAUUCGAAACAGAUCAAGUUCUCUUACAACACAUGAAGGACGAUCAUAAGCCUGGGGAAAUGCCGUAUGUUUGCCAGGUUUGCAAUUACAGGUCAUCAGUCUUUGUUGAUGUGGAAACACAUUUUAGGAAGUGCCACGUGAACACUAAGAAUCUGCUUUGUCCAUUUUGUCUCAAAAUUUUCAAAACCGCAACACCAUACAUGUGUCAUUACAGGGGACACUGGGAAAAGAGUGUUCACCAGUGUUGUAAAUGUCGGCUGCAAUUUUUAACUUUCAAGGAGAAAAUGGAGCAUAACACCCAGUGCCAUCAAAGGUUUAAGAAGCCUAAGCAACUAGAAGGAUUACCUCCUGAGACAGAAGUCAUUAUUCAAGUGUCACUCGGACCUGUUCAGCCUGGAUCAGUGAAAGUAGCAUCCAUUACUGUGAGCAUGACUGACUCUGAACCAUCAUCGUCCAGGUCUAAAAGCAGAAUUUCAAAAAAACACCAUCAAUUCUAGUUUUGGUAAACCAAAAGCAAAUAUUCCACUCUAAAUAAAAAGGAAAACACAAAUGGAAAGGAAAAAAUACAAACUAUAUUCAGUAGCACCAAAAUUAUUUAAGACUUUUUAUUUUUUUCUUUCUUUGUUUCCUUUUCGCCUUUCUCACUCUCUCUUUUUUCAUGGUACCAUGGUUUGACCUCAGGACCUUCUGGUUGCAACCCUUGAGACUUUAAAGUUCAUGAUAAAUGCAGUGUUUUUUUCCAGUGCUCACAAAGAAUCCAGGACCUUGAACAUGCUAGGAAGUGCUCUACCACUAAGUCACAUUUCCAGCUUCUCCAAUGCUGUUUAAUUGAAUUUUGAGGUGUUACUUAAAAUGUAUCACCUGGUUUUCAUGUUAAUUGUCUGGCUCAACAUGUGAAAGGAAUUUGUGUGUUUGAGUGACAGAAAAAGCAAGUAGAAAUUUUAUUAUUUUGGUAUUUCAUGUUACUUCUAAGCUUGAAAAUUUUUUUUCCUACACACAGAAUUUAUAGUUUUUGAAGUAUUUAAUUUUAUUUUCUUUUUCCAUAUAUUACGGAUUUCAUUAUUGCCUCUAGUCAAACUGGAGUGACUUUGUUAUAGCCUGGCUCAUUUGCUCAUGAACCAGAAGUGCCUCUUUGCUGGCACAAAAUCACCUGGUUCUGAAAACCUGGGUGUGGAAUUGAGUGGGAAAAGCUGUGACAUGAAUGGAGAUCAGGAAGACACAAGUUAUUUAAUCAGAGCAGUGACUUCUUGUUCCAGGUAUGGGAUAGGCAUACAGUUACUCCAAUGUUAGAGCCAAAGCAGAAGAAACACUGCCUCACAGUGCCUGUAAGGAUAGAACAUCCAAGGAAGCAAAACCAUGCCAGCAUUUGUGAAGCUCGGAUCUCUGCAGACAUCAAACUGUGCUGUGUAUCUUCAGCUUCAUAUGAAGAAGCAGAGUGAAAGUCCUAUUAAGUGAUCUAAAGAGAAAAUGGAUUUGUAACUUUCCUCUCUUUUGGUUAGCCAUUAGUGUUGAAUGAAUUGGCCAUAUCCCUCUCAGCCACAGCAGUUAAGGGUGUUAUGUUUCCCAGGGUAAGCCCUGGCACCCAUACUUUGAACUAUACUGGACCCAUAGUUUUAACUGAAAAGGGCCAAAUAUCUGUCUAGUUGACCUGGGCUAAAUUUAGUUCUCCCACUGUUAAGCUGGAAUGGAUUCUUGCCAAGGAUAGUAGGUACCGUAGAUAAAAAUAGCCCAGGGUGACUGAAUAGAAUCAAAUCCAUUAUAGGGCCUGAUAUUUUUCAGUGCUUGUGUAUGGUCAUUGGACAUAUGGACCUUGCAGUUUUGUUUCUUGCCUUGUGCCAGAGUGUAUUACAAUUAACAGUUUUUCCUUUGUUAAAUGUAUAAUCACAUUGUCACACUUGGAACUGUGGUGUAUCCUCUGAGUGUUGGCUGUUAAACAGCAUUAUCAGCUGCUUCUGUGAGUCCCUAGGAUUGUCUCUCCAGGUCUGGUCCAGUGCCAUCCAUUGUUCCUCCAUCCCCAAGCCAGGUGCCCAGCAACCCCUGUUCAUCAGUCAGGGAAUGUAGUAUCCUGGUUUUAAGCAUUGCUCUGGAGAAAUAUCUGCAUUUUUUUUUCCUUUUCUUCUCUUCAAAGGUACCUUAUCUUGCUGGGAGUACUGGCAUGCAUCUCUGUUCCCAGCACAUGGGACGCUCAGGCAGGAGUGGGUUCCAGGCCAGCCUGGAUCACAUAGCAAGGCAUUAUCUCAACACCCUCCCCCGAAAAAAAUGUUUUUGAAAGGUUCCCUAUUUCUCCCUACUCUUUUCUUUCCUCCUCAUUCUAGUUAAUUUUCUAAGGUUUCGUGAAAAGCUGAGGAGAGAUAAUUAGUUUUAGCAUCCCAGUUAAAUUAAAGGAGGGAUUACACAUAACUUAAAAAGUUAUGAGUAGAUUAUUUAUUUGCUCUAUUCUUGCUUGCUUGAUUUGCACCUUGAACAUUUUACUAGGCCUUUGGUUUGGGCCAAAGCACAUUGGUAAAAUUGUACCCUGAAUCCGUUCUUCAGGUGUAGAAAGUGUGCCUGUUCAUAUCACCUGUUCCUACUGUGUAUAAGUAAAUCUGCAGACUUUUGCAUACUCUGUAUUGUAAAAAUAACAUGUUCGGUGUUUUGGUGAUUGCUUAAUGUAAAGUGCUAUUUCACCAAAGUAUGUUCCUAAGGUGUAAAAAUUGUCAUUUUAUUACUAACCACUACACGUUCCAGUGUUUGACCUCUGCAUACUUCCUCUCCUCUCUCUCUCUCUGCCAUGUUUCACUACAGUUUUUCCCAUUGAUGCACUCUUGACAUACUGUACUUAUUACUCCUCAAGUAAAUCACAUCUCUUCCUGAUCCAAGGCUGCACAUGCUUUCCCCUUUCUUAGAAUGCUCUUCCCCUUGGUCUGCAUGGCCUGCUACCUCACCUUUGGCUUAUUGAGCUUCACCAAAGUUCUUAGAGUGCCUAGAAAUCUCCCCUGCUGUUUGAAACCUCAUUGAUUCCUUCUCUUUAGUGACAUGUUACCCACCUCCCUUUAUUCCCUCUAAUCUAGUUAAAUUUCCCAGGUAUUCACAAAAAAGCUGGGAAGCAGUCAUCACCAUCAACUUUGCUGGUGUCUUAGAAUUGAGCUAGUCUCAGCUUCUGUCAAUUUCUGUGCCUACAACCAAAAGAAAAUUAAUAUUGUGAGUUCAGUAUUUCAGGAGCUUUUUGUUUUUGUAUUGAAAGUGCUGUAUUUUUUAAAGCAGUGUCACUUUGUUUUGUUUACAAAUAUAUUGAACAUCUGCCCAGAUUACUAUUUUAUUACCAUUUGUGAAUUUCCUUGUCUAUUUUGCUGCUUGUUCUUUCAGAUGAAAUUUAGUAUUUUAUUAAU